GGCUCCAUAUUAAAGCGUUGCUUUGAGCCAAACCACUUAUAUUUCAACAGUAGCAGUUUACUUAGUUUUAAAUGAAGUUGUACAGAUAUAAUAUAAUAAUUUUACUCACAUCUUAACGAUGAAGUUAACGGACAUUAAAAAGUUAAAAGUGACGGAACUGCGGUCCAGACUUAAAGAAGCUGGUUUGGACACUCGAGGGCUGAAGUCGGAGCUGGUGGAUCGACUGUGGUCUGUGUUCAAAUCAGGAGAAGAAUCUGAGGCGAAGCUCCAAGAUGACAGCUCAUCGGCAGCUUCGGCAGCGACGGAGACCGUGCAGCUCCGUCCUCCUCCGUCACCACCGACACGAGCUGGUCUCACUGAGCCGUGUAAAGAAGUCUGCACCAGAGAGUUCACCGACACUGCCACACAGACUGAACCCGGUGUAACAACAGCAGAACCAGGCUUUGGGUCAAUGCCAGAGUCAGUGAGGGGCACCGAGGGUGAGGAUCCAGGAGGGGAUGGGAGAACCCUCCCGUCAGAGGAUCUGGGCCGAGGAAGGGCUUUCUACGAGUUCAAAGAGGAGAUAAGAUACAAAAGAGCCAAGCUAACACAACCUGUGCAUCAGAGAGAAGAGCCAGAGGAGGAAGAUACAGAUAAAGUCAGAUUGGAUCCAUAUAAUAGUCACCUUCACUUUGAGGUGAGUCCUGAUGGUUCCUGUGGGCAGCCACGGUUUUGGGCUCAAUUCCCAUCAUUGUGGUCUGGCUGCAGGCUAAGCCACGGGCUGCUCCAGGGCAGGGUGGGCUUUGAGAUGAGGUUGGAGAGGAAGUUACCUACACAGCUGAAAGAAGAGACCUACGGUGUGAGAGUAGGCUGGUCAGUGAGUGACUCCUCUUUUCUGCUGGGAGAGGAUGAUCUGUCUUUUGCUUAUGAUGGACGUGGUAAUAUAGUAGCAGGUGGGAAGGAAGAAGAUUUUGGAGAAGCUUUCAUUGAAGGCGAUAUCAUUGGCUGUUAUGCUUCUUUCUCCACAGAUGGUGCCGUUCAGCUAUCUUUCCAUAAAAAUGGCCGCUUCCUUGGUGUGGCCUUUUCACUGGCUGCCACAGUGUUGCAAGGUCGUCCUCUGUUUCCUCAUGUCGUCUGUAAGAGCUGUUCAGUCAGAUUCCAUUUGGACCCCACAGCUCCCCCCUGGUACCCCUGCCCUCCUGGGUUCACACUGCUGCCAGCACUCCCUGCUAGGCAACGGGUUCGUGCCACAUCGGUUUCUUUUUCUACAGCACAGUGCGAGGUGUUGUUGUUGGUGGGUCUUCCUGGUUCUGGGAAGAGCCACUGGUCCAAGAAUCACAUGAAGCAGCAUCCAGAGAAACAGUACAAGCUGUUAGGCACAGAGGAGCUGCUCACUUGCAUGAUUAGCGGUGGACAGAGAGACAUCAAGCUGCGACAGGCUGCUCAGUGUUUAACUCAUUUAAUUAAGUUGGCUGCACAGACUCCUGGAAACUACAUCCUUGAUCAGUGCAACACCCUCUUUUCUGCACGGCGUUACAAGCUGCAGUUGUUCACAGGCUUCAGGCAGCAGGUUGUGGUGGUCUUUCCUUCAGCAGAUGAGUGGAAGAGGCGACUAGCGCAGCACCAGACGGGAAAUGGAGAGCAGAUCCCGGAAACUGCAAUCCUCAAACUCCAAUUAAGCUGCAGCCUUCCUGAGCAGCAGAGCGACCUGCUGGAGAAGCUGCAGUAUGUGGAAUUGCCUCAGGAACAGGCCCAGAAGCUCCUGCAGGAAUAUAAGGAUGAGGCUCGCAGACUGCUGCCUCCCUUCCCCAAACAAGAGAAGAAACCCCGACUCCACAAGAAGAGACCCCACCCCUUUUACCCCCAAUCUUCACACAGGAUCCAGUGGAGUGGUACAAAUGCAUGGAAUGACUCAAGAGCCACCAUACAGCCGUGGAACCAGCAGCCCAGAUAUUGGGACCAGGGCUACUACUACAACAGAGGCCUUGGGUACAGCAGCUACGACGGCUACUGGUGAAGAAAUCUGGAGCAAAAAGAAAGUGAUGCCGCUGCAUGAUAUGCAAUCACAAGGACAAUGCUUUCUAAUGCUUUUUAAUUAUUUUAAUGUAUUAUGUUACACUGCCUGUUUUGACACAUCAAACAUAGACUGUGUUGUAGUAUUUUAAUAAGAAAAAUACAGUAUUUGACACACGAGAAAAUAAAUUCCUGAACUUUA